AUGCUUUCGGCACUUCGAACUGCCGGAGCUUUAAGCACUCGACGCCUUGCUUCGACUCAAGCGAUCGCCAGUAACAGCGAAGCACCAAAGGGUAUUGCCACAACAGGAACUCCCUUCCUCAAUCCAUCUUCAAAAGCUGAAUAUGCGCUGGCUCGUCUCGACGAUGUCAUGAAUUUGGCACAAAGAGGAUCCAUCUGGCCCUUGACCUUCGGUUUGGCUUGCUGUGCUGUCGAAAUGAUGCACUUCGCUGCACCAAGAUACGACAUGGACAGAUAUGGAGUUGUUUUCAGAGCUUCCCCCAGACAGGCUGAUCUGAUCUUCGUGGCUGGUACCGUUACAAACAAAAUGGCACCAGCCCUUCGUCGUAUCUACGAUCAGAUGCCAGAAGCCAAAUGGGUGAUUUCCAUGGGAUCGUGUGCGAACGGAGGAGGAUAUUAUCACUAUGCGUACUCGGUCCUUCGUGGAUGCGAUCGUGUUAUUCCAGUCGAUAUUUAUGUGCCAGGAUGUCCACCAACUGCUGAGGCUCUUCUUUAUGGAGUUCUUCAAUUGCAAAAGAAGAUCAAGCGUAAGAGAGAAGCACAGCUGUGGUACAGGCGUUAG